AGGGGGCAGGGCUAGGGCUAAACUUCUUCCUUGUGUAAAACGAGCUCCACACACUCCGACCCUGCACAAAACCUUUGUGAUGGCCUUUGUCAGAAGGUUACUGAACAGCGGAACACGUUCAAAGAAAGCAGACCCCGCAGUAUCCGGCGGCAGUAACAAGAUGAGCUCGGAGGAAGAAGCAGCUGUAGAUCAGAUGGCCGGGCUCUCACUCGCGGACGGCGGGGACCGCGAGGUUGCCACCUUCGCCAUGAGCUGAUUUUGGUUCCCCGAGGCGCAGUUCGGCAGCGCCCCGGGGGUUCUCCAGACCAGGGUGGGGUUCACGGGCGGGAAAAAGAAGGGACCGUCUUACUACAGUCUUGGGGACCACACGGAGACGGUGGAGAUUGUGUUUGAUCCCAGACAGACAGACUAUCCCACGAUGCUCAAGAUGUUCUGGGACAACCACGACACGACUCGCUGUGCCUCUCGCCAGUACAUGUCGGCCGUCUUCUACCACGGAGAGAAGCAGAAGAAGCUGGCAGAGGAGAGCAUGAAGGAGAGACAGAAGCAGCUGUCCAAACCCAUCGUCACCAAGAUCCACGCUGCCGAGGCCUUCUACGAGGCCGAGAACUACCAUCAGAAGUACCUGCUCCGUCAGCAGGGAGACGUAAUGAGUGCCCUCAACCUCUCGGACAAGGACCUCGUCACUUCUCACGUGGCCACUCGACUCAACGGUUACUGUGGAGGGUACGGGUCACUAGAGGCCCUGGAAGACGAGAUGCCAAAGUUCAGCCUCCCGGAGAACGUGCAGAAGAGGGUGCACGGGAUCAUGUCUCGCAAAUCUUACCACUAAACCCUCUCCCAACUAACAAAAAAUUUUCUAAAGACGUGUUUUAUCAGUAUGCUGCUUUUUCUUCCUCCUUUUUGCAUGUAUGUGUGUUUCAGUGGUGUGUGUGUGUGUGUGUGUGUAGGGAUGUAUAGGUAGUGGUAGAGUGUGCCUUCAUGACGCACCGGAGCCAACUUGCCCAGGCAAUGCUCCAGUGCUGAUGUUUUCAUUUAAUGCCCACCUUCCACACCUGCCAUUUCUGCAUCACCACCUAUUGUGUAUAAUAUGUAUAAUAUGUAUGCAUGUUUCCUUAUACUUGUGACACUCAGUAGCGUAUACAGCUCAGCAUGAGAUGAGAUGACGUGAUCUACACAAUGGUAUUCACUGCCUGAAGAGGCAAACAUAGACUUCCGUACAAGGCUAGGGGUGACAAUAGCAUUGCACGGUCAGCACAGCACACACAGCAGAAUGACAAGGGGAAAUCAGAGUUUGCUGAUUGGAGCAAGUCCUCCAUCGAAGGUCUUAGUGAGAGCUUCUUCAACGGUAGACACUAGGGAUACCUCUAGCUGGUUCUGCAGGAGCAGGAUUGAUGAAUGAUGCAAUUUCUGCAGCAUAAUAGCUAGGGGUGCACAGCAUAAGAUUACCUUGACAUU